AUGCCACGCAAGAGUGUCCAACGCUCAAACUCGUCCUCGUCACUCAACUCCAACGCCUCGACGGGCACAGUCAUAGCCUCCACAUCAGCGCAGACAAACGGGGUCGGCCCGGCACCUGCGGGCGACGCGUCGACGUGGGCUGCGCGGAAAAAGGCCUCAAGAGGGCUAUGGCCUACCUCGAAAACAGAGCCCGUUUCUGGUAUAUCUACCGCACGGCCACAGUCGAUCGCGUCCGCUAGCUCAGGUCCGUCGGCCGCAUCCGCGAUGACGGCGUUGCAUACCCCUGCGCCCAUGGUACCCUCCCACCAGAACGGAGCCGUACAGAGUGCGCAGAAUGGACCUGGGAGAGCGCAGCCGCAGGAGAAUAGUGCCAUUUUGCACCUGACGCCCAUGAAUGGCACGUUUGACCGCAAGACUAUUACUGUGCCCUUCUUCCCGGACGUACUGCGAAUCGGUCGCCAGACAAAUAAUAAGACGGUUCCUACACCAAUCAAUGGCUUCUUCGACUCCAAGGUCCUGUCGAGACAACAUGCUGAGAUUUGGGCCGAUCGAACGGGCAAGAUAUGGAUACGAGACGUCAAGUCAUCAAAUGGUACCUUUGUGAAUGGCCAGCGCCUAUCACCCGAAAACCGAGAUUCAGACCCCCACGAGCUGAAGAAGGGGGAUAUGCUCGAACUCGGAAUCGACAUUGUGAGUGAAGAUCAGAAGACGAUCGUGCAUCACAAGGUUGCCGCCCAUGUGGAGCAUGCGGGCAUCUACCCCACCGCUGGGGGUAACCUGAUGGAUAUAAACUUCGGUGAUAUGGAUAGUGUGCAGGCACUGCAGAAUAUCGUUGGUGGAGGUGGCCAGCAGCAGUUGCCGAGUAUGCGAGGCAGGAAUCUGAGCCAGGGUUCUAUCAAUGCUGCAAGGAUGCAAGCUGGCGCAGGGCAGCUGGUUGGGGGUGCGGGCAGUAUGCAGCCUCCGAGACACUGGUUGCAACCUAUCACUAUAGAGCAGGUUGUCAAGAAGCUCAACGCCGAGAUCAAAGCCGCCAGGCAGCAAUCCCAGGACCUCCAGCAAACUCAACACUACAUCACCGCCAUGCUCACCGCCGAACCUAAGAAGGAGAGUAGCAAGCACUCAGUCAAAUUCUCCCCGGUAAAAGAUAUCAAGAAUAGAUUCUCAGAACCUCCCGCACCUCCACCGCAGCAGCCUCUACCGGAGAAACCGGAUGGUCCCUCCCUUCGCCGGUCCGAUACGGAGCGACCUGUGGGCAGUAGUUCUCCCUCCCGAACAAACUCCAGGAUUGCAUCGUUAGCCGAGGAGCUGAGCUCUGCGAGGAAAGAGAUUGAGGCGCAAAGCCUGCGAGUGCGGGAUUUGGAGGCCUUGUUGAGCGAAGAAAGGCGAGCGAGAGAAGAUGCAGAGGAAAGAGCGAAUCGUCUGGAACGCGAAUCAUUCAAAGAUAGACAACAACCGGCUGACGACAAGAACGACGAAGAACUCAACGCAAGUACGUCCACCUCACGGCCAGAUGAAGUCGAUCAAACGAAAGAUGGCACAUCGUCACCCAAUAUCGUGGACGUUGCAACAUCUCGCUUGCAGCUCCGUCUGGAGACUAUGAUGGCCGAGAUGAACGAGAUGAAGCAGCAAAUGGAGAUCUACCGCAAACGAGCCGAAGAGGCCGAAGCGGACAGCGCUGUGCAUCGCAGGUCCCUCGCGGAGAUGAUAGAAAAGAUCCGCCAGGAAGAUGCGAAGAAGGCAGCUCGGAUUGCACAACGCAAGGCCCGUAGCGCGGAGGAUCGAGAUUCGGCGUCUCCAACAUUGGAGGAUGAGGGCGAGGAAUGGGAAGAUCCGGAAGAAGGAGAGAUUCCCAUCAUGAAUGGCAAGGAUUUGGACAUCGAGUCCCCCGGCGGCUUACUCUAUAGAGUUGGGCUCCAACCUGGUCGACAUGACAAACAGGAUGCAUCCGAAACACUCACAAGGGCUGCAAACUCACUAGCCACGCGUCAGCCUAGCCAUAACGAUCUGGUUCUCACACACGGGGCUCCGGCGAUUUCGAUCUUAACGGUUGUGGCACUAGGGGUGGCGGUCAUGGCUUGGUUGAAUUCGUAUCCUAAGGUCGAGCGGUGA